GUGGUUCGCAGACUAUAGAUAUUUUCGUUUCGAAAAAGCAAACGACACCCGAAUCAUAAACAUAUUUAUGUUUCAGGCCACCUACCUAUGCAUGCAUAAAUUUUUUUUUGUACCCUAGAGGUGGACAAAUAUCGGUUUGUUUUUUUUGAAGCGAAAUCGUCUUAAAAAUCUGGGGAUUUUUUUUUUGGGUUGGAAAACUGAUUUAGGUCGGUUUUAAAAAAACGGUAAAAAACCCGAUUUCAAUCUUUUACAAAACAUAUCCCCAAUGCACAGGAAAAAAAAAUAAUAAUAAAUUCCAGUUUACUCGGAAGUAAAAUUGAUCUGGUUCUCCCGUCUGUUGCCUCUGCUAAAUUUGCUUCCAUUAAUCUCAUGAACGGCGAAGAAACGGUGUAUCACUCCAAGGAUUUUGAUUGGGAGGAACUGAGGCAACGAAUCGAGAAUGAUCCUACCCUUCAGUAUCACUUCCUUCCCUUUACUAAUCAAUCUCUCUCUUCAUCUGCCCUAGACUCCCAAUCAUGGAACCACUUUCACGCUCGUCACUCUACCGGAAAAUUCUUCAAGGAGAGACGCUAUUUGUUGAAGGAAUUUCCUGAAUUAGCUUCUUGCGAGGAGCAUUUUAAGGUAUUGGAGGCAGGGUGUGGUAAUGGAAGUACUGCUCUACCAAUCUUACGUGGAAAAGAAAACAUCAUUGUAUUUGCCUGCGAUUGUAGCACAGAGGCACUUGACAGGGCAACCGAAAUCAUAUAUGCUUCCAAUCUGGUGUUGACUAAAAGUCGUUUUCGCCCUUUUUGUUGUGAUUUUUCUACGUCUCCAUUCCCUAAGUGGCUGAUUUGUGAUUCUUGCCGUGAAACUUCAUUGAUUAAAGACUUUGAUAAUGACAAAAGAGAUUUAAGUGAUAUUAUAAGUUCAUCAAAGGAAAGUGAGUGCUGCAUAGGUGGUGUGGAUUAUGUUACAUUGAUUUUCACCCUAUCGGCUGUACCAGUUGAUAGGAUGCCGAUGGCUAUUGCUGAGUGUUUUUCUGUUCUAAAACCCGGUGGAUUACUCUUCUUCAGGGAUUAUGGACUUUAUGACAUGACCAUGCUGCGAUUUGAGGCUGAUCAAAGAGUGGGAUUUAGGGAAUACAAACGAUCCGAUGGCACCCGUUCUUAUUUUUUUUCUUUAAAUACUGCCCGAGAUCUCUUCCUAGCUGCUGGUUUUAUCGAGGUUGAGCUUGAAUAUUGUUGUGUCAAGUCGGUGAACAGGCGUAAACAAAAGACAAUGCAUAGGGUGUGGGUUCAUGGAAAGUUCCAAAAACCAUUUUAAACCUCAUUUCACACUACACAUCAUUUUUAACAAAAUUGCAAAUCUUUAUUUUUAUUUAUUUGAUUCAUGGUGUAUUCGUGUACACACUCUAUUCCUCCUUAUUGUGGAGUAAGAAGGUACAUUCUACAAGCAUGGGAUUCUACUCUUGCUGAGAUAUGUUUCUUCACUGAUUUUCUAGUUGAAUGAGCCCACAAGUCACGAGCCUUCACAACUGUCGAUGAUUUGAGCCCGAUAUCUGACCAAUAAGCAGUAAUUUCACUUGUCGACCCUCCUCUAUUCCAUAGAAUUACAACUACUUUGUUAUGUGCAAGUGGGCCCGCCCACACCUACAAUUUAAACUAAGGUUAAAAACAUAACAAAAUCAACUCCUUCUUUAUGUUUUCAUGGGAAUUAAGUUUCAAUAGAG